AUGGCGUAUAACGAACCAAGGGCACCAAAGGCUCUAUGGUGGAUCUGUCAAUACCUCUGCGACCUCGAGCGAAACCUGUUGCAGAUUUACUCCAUUGGGGUGGAGGCAACCAUCUCAGGUCUGCUGGAUACUACCUACAAAGGGGGUAUCUUCACUCUUUGCAUCCACUUCCCGCCGGAGUUCCCUCUGAAGCUACCGAAGGUGCACUUCAGGACUCCAAUCUUCCACCCCAACGUGAGUCACCGCGACAACAUAUUCCACCCCAUGCUGAUGCCGGAGACGUGGUGCAUCACGACAUCAGUGGCCCAGAUGAUGAUGACUCUGGCCACAAUGCUCAUUCAUCCGCUGGUGGAUGAGGGCGACAUGGUGAUGUACUGGGAAGAUAGGGUCCGCUUCGAGGAACACACUCGUAGCUGGACCCAGAUCUACACCAUGGAUUGA